AUGGCACACAAGACCACUGGAAAACGGAAGAGGUCUCAGAUAGAGCCUCCCGCUAUUGCUGAACGAGAGUCUUCGGCACCUCCGGAAGUGGACAAUGAGGUCGAUGGCAAUAUCCCUCUCCCGGUGGGCUCAUCUUCAACUGUUGCGCAGACGGGUGUCGUGGCACCUGCGGGCAAGAGGCUAUACACGCCUUUGUCGAUGACGCAGGGCGGAGGCUACGGUCUCAAGUCUGUUGCCGACGCUCUGGAGAGCCCCGAGAACGAGGUACGACGCCGUAAUGCACGCAUCAGAAAGGCGGAAUACAGAAAGAAAAAGGCUGAACAUGGAACGAAGAAGGAACUGCUUGCUGUGUCUCCACAGCCAGUGCCAGAGGCCUCGACAACUGCACCCCCAAAUGGACCAGAUAACACCACUGUCCUUAGCAGACGCUGCCAGUUGCAUGACAAUCCUGAUUGCACCGAGGAGAGCUGCGUCUAUAAUUUCUUCGAAAUAUAUGAACCGAGCGACCAUGUCAUCAUGGAUUUAAGGCCAUUUGAAUCGCGCAGAGUAAUGCCAUCCGUGAAGAAAGUCGCACCUGUGCCCUUGGAUACCCUCGAAAUACAGGAGGCUGUUAAGCGAGACCUGGAAUUGUCACUCAUCACGAGGACGAGACUCGAGCAGCGUCCUUAUCUUAACAUUUCUUACGAUCGCAUGAAGAUGAUGCCCGAGUUGCCCAAUCCCGGGGAAGCGACUACCCUCCAUGUCGGCUUCACCAUAUAUGAAGCCGAGAUUGUUCGUUCCUUAUUGGCGAAAGACGAAGGCCCGUUGCCCGGCAUGGAUGUCUUUCGAGAGAUUGGAUACCACGCUGAAAGGUCCCCGUGGCGUGAUUGCCUCGUUUCUGCUGUGCAGCUCCUACCAGGAAGAGAAGUGGAAGACGUCUUCAAGUUCAUUGAAGACUGCUACCGGAUGAAGAAGAAGGGGUUGCCAUAUCCGUUCGCCGGUUAUACCAUGGUUCUGAAGCCUGAGCGCCCCCACACAACAGGGUCGGCAUCACUUCGAUUGCUCCGCGAGAUGGGUAGCGGGGUCUUUGGUUUCAGCAAUAGGCGCGAGCAAACCCGGGCAAUGGAGUCAAUGGCUAGAGAUGGCAUGCAGCCGUGGAGAAUCUUUAAGGAAGGAAGUUCAGACAUCAUCGACAUCAGCUGGUCGCCAGACGGCAGCAGGUUUGCUCUGUGUUGUUGUACGCACAGUGACGAAUACAACAGGCCAGGAAACCUCAUGCUGGGGUCACUGGAACAAGACAAGAUCCGCAUGCUUGAUGGGCACAAAGUCCUGCGAGAUCCUCCAACGGCAGCUUUGAAUCCGUUCCUUCAUUCGACGGUGUCUGCAAUCGCACACUCUAAAAAUGGACGGGUUCUGUUCUCCGGAAGCUAUGAUAAGACAGUCAAAACCUGGCUCGGAGAGGAUGGCACCUGUCUCGACUCGUUGGAUGUUAAGAGUGAGGUGCUUCGCAUGGCAACAAGCCCUGUACAUGAGGAGGCACUCGCUGUUGCUCUAAAGGAUGGCAAUGUCAUAGUUCUUGACGUUGGCCCUGACGGUCGUUAUAGAGGGAAGGGACAUCGCUUCGCCCCUCUCAAGAAAAACGUUGAGGCAGUUGCUGUGAGUUGGCACGGCCAAGUCAGGCCAGACUGGUUGAUAGUGGGAUACGACAAUAAGUCCGGGAACAAGACUGGCGACCUGGAGAUUUUCGAUGCCCGUGCCAUGAAGUUGGUGUGGAGUGUGGUGCCUGGCUCAAACCGGCAAUUUGACAUGUUCGUGCAUGAAUCAGGCCAGUUUGUUACUGGUGGAGCGGUAAACGGUCGGGGCGAACGUGCUAAGACGCAGGUCCGGGUUUGGGACUUUGAACAAGGCCAUGACCGGAGGAGACCUCGUCCAAUCCUGGAUUUCGAUAAUCCCCAGGAGGACAUUAACAUGGUGACUAUGUCACCUUGCCGAUCAUAUGUGACUUCAUCGGGAACCGAUAGUACUACGAUGGUCUGGGAUUGUCGUUUCCCGAAGAGGGUUCUCCAUACGUUGAAACAUGGCGCUCCCCUCAUGGCUGAGGACGCCAACGAUACCGGAGCGAACUGCGCCUUGUGGGCAUCCAGCAGUGACCGCUUCUACACUGGGGGCUCUGAUGGCGCUGUUAAGAUUUGGGACGUCCGACGUGCCGACCCAUUCAUGAAGGACUUGGCUACCCUGGACGGUCAGGUCAUGUCUGCAGCCUUCUCGCCGUCCUUCGAUUCUCUCAUUGUUGGAGUAUGCUCAGGCAAGGCGACCCUGUUCUCGAUGAGGGGCGAUGCCAGUGUCCCACCAAUCGAAUUCAAAGUUGACAUUCGCGAUGUGGAGGGACGUGGUAAUCUUGCCGACGAAAACGACGACGAUGAGAACGCUGGCAGGCAAGCCGCGCGCCAGCUCGUCAACUCUGGAAGAAUGAUGGUUGAGAACGGUGUUGCAUGGGCUACUUACUAG